AUGGACGUCAUUAAACAGUCUGACGCGAUACCUGGUGAUGUCGGCCGGGUCGAUGGUAGCCCAAAUCUACGUCGUCAACGGGGUCACAUGCUCGGAGAUUUAUCCGACGGCCGUCCGAAAUAUUGCCUACGCGACAACGCAAAUCAGCGCAUCACGGCCUUCGUGCCCGAAUCCAAGGGAAGACCGAUGGCCGACUCGAUGCCGGAGCCGUACGAGCGAUUCAGCCUCUGCCAACCAAAAGUCGACGGUACCGACGCGGCCCCCAGAAAAGUGGCCCCAGCCGACGAGGAGCGCGUA